GGUCUCUUCGCAGUGCAUUGUGGGAUAGCGAAUGAUCAGCGAUGGCGGCCAGACCAAAGCAUCUGAAACUUUUCAUUGUAACUUAUUUGCAUGUAACAUUCCUUUUUCUGCACCUAUUUAUCGACGCUGAAGACGUGACGUGGGAUGAAAACGGAUACAUUCUGUACUGUCCGUGCAUGGGUCGGUUUGGAAACCAAGUGGAUCAUUUUCUUGGAUCACUGGCUUUUGCUAAAAUGCUGAACCGAACACUCGCGGUUCCGCCGUGGAUUGUUUACCGCCAUCACUCGCCACCUUUUCAAAAUGUGCAUGUUCCCUACAGCGAGUAUUUCCAGUUGGAGCCAGUGAAGCAGUACCACCGUGUGGUGAGUCUAGAGGACUUCAUGGAGCACUUGGCUCCUAAGCACUGGCCCCCUGGUCAGAGAGUGGCCUACUGCUUUGAGUCUGCAGCUCACAGGAGCAUAGACAAAAAGAGCUGUCCGAUGAAGGACGGAAAUCCAUUUGGUCCAUUUUGGGAUCAUAUUGGAGUCGACUUUGAUCGCUCUGUUCUUUUCGGAGGACUGUCAUUCAGCUCCUACUACCAGCCGCACUGGAUAAAAAGGUUUCCCCCAAAAGAGCAUCCAGUUCUCGCUCUUCCAGGAGCCCCAGCGCAGUUCCCCAUUCUAGAGGAGCACAUUGGACUGCAGGAGUAUGUGGUGUGGUCUGAAAAAAUGGCGCAGGAAGGAGAAGACCACAUCAGAAGCCUGCUAAACAGACCCUACGUGGGAAUUCAUCUGAGAAUUGGCUCGGAUUGGCAAAAUGCCUGCAAGCUUCUGAAGUCAGGUGAUACCGGUCCUCACUUUAUGGCAUCUCCACAGUGUGUGGGAUAUGACCGCCAAACUGCCCUGCCACUGACCAUGAACAUGUGUUUACCGGAUCUGUCUGAGAUCCGCCGUGCGGUGAAGCUCUGGGUGAAGAACACCAAUGCUCAGUCAGUUUACAUAGCCACCGACUCUGAAUCGCACACCGCAGAGAUUCAGAAGCUCUUCAAGGGCAAGGUGAAGGUCGUGAGCUUGCAGCCGGACACUGCUCAGAUUGACCUGUAUAUCCUCGGUCAGGCCGAUCACUUCAUCGGCAACUGUGUUUCGUCCUUCUCAGCCUUUGUUAAAAGGGAGAGAGAUGUUCACGGAAAACCCUCGUCAUUCUUUGGGAUGGACUACCUAGGAAAAAGGAAAGGAAAAGAGGAACUCUAAUAAAGUUACGUUUUUGUAACUGAAAGCUGGUUGAAGGUUUGCAUGUUUCAGGUGUCUGGUGAGAUUUUCAACAAGAACAUUUGGAUGUAGGGUUCACGUAAUUAAAUGAAGGGAGAACAAGAGUUAGUUCCUUAAUAAUUUCUCUGGAUGCUGCAUUUCUCCCAUGUUGCAACUGCUACAUUUACUGUGAGCAACCAUGAUAUCAUUGCUAUUUUUGUACUGGAACGUUUGUAUCGACUGACUUAUUUGCAUUUUUUGAGGAUGGAAAAACUGCACCCUGUGAGGGUUGAGAAAUUAUACUGGAGUUAGUAUAAUUGGGAAUAGUGGUUGGAAAUGGCACUUUUUAUAGUUGAAGGCCAUUUAAGACCUCCAGAGGCGUCCAGAUGUGCAGUGCUCUAGUGAUUGCUGAAAAUGAACAUAUGUGAAAAGAAUGUAUGUCACAGGCUUUCUGAUGUCUUAGUAAUGCAAGGUGACAUUGUUUUUGAAAGUCAGCGUCAAACCAAAUUGCAGAAAUGUUUUAUAAAUGUUUUAAGAUGUACUUACUAGUAAUUUUGUACAACUUUAAAAGACAUUCCUCAAGUUUACUAUUAAAAAUAUAACA